UUUAUCGCGUAAGUCCUUGAAAAUCGUAUCUGAAGUUUUUGAAAAGAUUUCUCGCGUGUUUUUUCAAACAUUUUUACGUGAUUUUAUUUAAUUUAUUCGAUAUUAUUCGACUUUUAUUACGAUGGAUGAUAAACUAGAGAACAAAAAUCCGACAUUGUAUAAUAAAAGCGUCGAACGGUGCACCACAGCCGAAGAACACAAUGAUCAAGUUCGAGACUUAUUCGACGAACGUGAAAUUUUCGAUUUAAUCAAAGAUAUCGUCGAUCCUGAACACCCUCUCAGUUUGGAAGAAUUACGUGUCGUCGAAGAAAACCUAAUCAAAGUAGACAACGAAAAAAACGAAAUCAACGUUAAUUUUACGCCAACGAUACCGCACUGUAGCAUGGCGCUACUAAUUGGCCUAUCGAUACGAGUCCAGCUACUGAGAUCGUUACCCAGUAGAUUUAAAGUGAGCGUUAAAGUAACUCCCGGAACGCAUGCUUCGGAGUUAGACAUCAAUAAACAACUCGCCGAUAAAGAGCGUGUUGCGGCGGCUUUAGAAAAUACCAGUCUUAUUAAAGUAAUCAAUCAAUGUAUAGUACCCGAAGAGUGAUUCAAUUAUUCUGCCAAAAAAGGUGUUCGUGUUGAAGUUGAAUUGAUGGCAGUCUCGAGGACGACAACGAACGGAACGAGGAGAAAAACACCCUAGCGUUUUCAGACCGCUGAAAUCGGCACACGGGAGGGGGUUUGUAAAUGGAAACGAACGCUGUUGCGAAGCGAAAAAAAAAAUCGAAGAAAAAUAGAUUUUAACUUUUAUUGUUUUACGCUACAACGAGUUGGAAACGAAUAACACGACGUAUUUGAAUCUACAAAUGUUGAAUUGUUCUUCAACUCGGUCUUGUUUAGAGUAAAACUGAGUGUAAUUUUAUUGCACCGGGGGUUUUCAUUUGAUUUACCUUUGUAAACAAACAAACAAAAACAGGGCACGAUUUGCCAUUGAAACAUAUUUUUUCUGAUGGGAAUCGUCGUAAAAUUUUUAUACCGCUGUGAUAUCUACUUGUGUAAUAUAUAUACCUGUGUAGUUUUUAAGAUUGCGUUUUUAUUUUAAAUAUAAAUACGAUACGGUUUA